AUGAGUCUUAUAAGAGGGAUGGGGAACGUUGCCAAAAGAUGGAAGGAACUCAAUGGCUUGAAUCAUUGGAAAGGCCUAAUUGAUCCUCUCGACCUCGACUUUCGUAGGAAUAUCAUCAACUAUGGUGAGCUCUCCCAGGCAGCCUAUACCGGGCUAAACAGAGAGAGAAGAUCAAGGUAUGCUGGGUCUUGCCUCUUCAACCGCAGAGACUUCCUCAGCAGGGUGGAUGUAUCAAACCCAAAUUUGUAUGAGAUUACAAAGUUCAUAUAUGCAAUGUGUACUGUCAGCUUACCUGAUGGAUUCAUGGUUAAGUCUCUUUCAAAGGCUGCAUGGAGCAGCCAGUCAAAUUGGAUGGGAUUUGUUGCAGUAGCUACAGACGAGGGUAAGGAAGUGCUUGGGAGGCGGGAUGUGGUGGUGGCAUGGCGUGGCACAAUACGGAUGGUAGAGUGGAUGGAUGAUCUUGAUAUUUCCUUGGUGCCUGCUUCAGACAUAGUUCUUCCAGGCAGCGCAACUAACCCCUGUGUGCAUGGAGGGUGGCUUUCAGUCUACACAAGUGCUGAUCCAGGGUCACAAUACAACAAAGAGAGUGCAAGAAAUCAGGUGUUAAAUGAGGUCAAAAGGAUACAGGAUUUGUACAAGACAGAGGAGACGAGCAUCUCCAUAACAGGUCACAGCCUAGGAGCAGCACUUGCCACCAUCAACGCAAUUGACAUUGUCUCCAAUUGCUACAACAGGAGCUGCCCUGUGUCCGCGUUUGUAUUUGGAAGCCCGAGAGUCGGUAACCCUGAUUUUCAGAAAGCAUUUGACAGUGCAGCAGAUCUGAGAUUGCUCCGAGUCCGGAACUCUCCUGAUGUGGUCCCAAAAUGGCCAAAGCUCGGAUACAGUGAUGUCGGUACAGAGCUAAUGAUCGACACAGGGGAAUCACCCUAUCUGAAGGCCCCUGGAAACCCCUUAACAUGGCAUGACAUGGAGUGCUACAUGCACGGGGUUGCAGGGGCUCAGGGGAGCAGUGGAGGGUUCGAGUUGUUGGUUGAUCGAGACAUUGCUUUGGUGAACAAACAUGAAGAUGCACUGAAAGAUGAGUUUUCUAUCCCAUCAUCAUGGUGGGUGGUACAGAACAAAGGUAUGGUGAAAGGCAAGGAUGGCCGGUGGCAUCUGGCCGACCAUGAGGAUGAUGACUGA